AUGAGGCCAAAGCCAAAGGGCAAACGAAAUACGGGGGUGGCGCCGGACAAUGCAAAUAUGCAAGCAUUGGGAAAGAGGAAGAAUCCUGCUGGUCAACCGCAGCCAGAUUGGCUCUUUCCUGCUGGCUCUGGUGCUGAUGCUGGUGCUGAUGCUGAUGCAAAGCCAGCCUUAGCUAGUAAAUCUGGUAACGAAGGACGAUCGAAGAACAAACAAGACAAGAAACUCGCACAAGAUCUCCUCAACCGCCGAGAUGCCGGUGAACCCCCCAAGUCCGGAAUUCCUUCCCAUUUGCUCAAUCUUGUCGGUAAAUUCCUCGAACAGCACGAACUCAUGCAAACCAAUCGCACCUUGAAGACUGAAGGUCGCAACCGAGAUGUCGCAACAGCAGGAGCUGACAUUGCUGCUACCUCUCUUGAAGCUAUCUACGAUGAGUGGCAGGCGUUGAAGGAGGAAAACGUGGCACUCAAGGCAGCAGCAGUCAAGAAGGACGAAACCCCAAAGAAAAAGGCAGCAAAGGUCGUACCUGAGGAUGCCUCGAGCAGCAGCAGCAGCAGCAGCAGCAGUGACAGUAGUGAUUCGAGCAGUGAGGGAGAAAGUGAUGUUGAAAUGGCAGAUGCACCACCAGCCAAGAAGAGUUCUUCUCGAAGAUCUUCCUCGUCUUCAUCUUCUUCUUCAUCCUCGUCUUCAUCUUCAAGCAGUUCCGAUAGUGACGCUGACGAUGAAGAUGAUGCGCCAUCGGCCAUCAAAUCCCCCUCCCCGAAGCCAAAAGUCAACACCUUAAAGCGCAAAGCUACUUCAGACAGCGAUUCAUCCGACUCGGAUUCAAGUUCAAAAGAAGAUGCCCCGAAAGCCAAGAAAGCCAAGACAGCUGCUGCUGAGAAGGAAUCUUCAGCCUCUUCAUCCGCAUCUACCUCUGAAGAUGAAGGUUCCGAGGCUGCGAAGACUAAAGAUGCUUCUAGCUCUUCUGAUUCUUCUUCUGAUUCCUCCGAUUCAGACUCCGACUCCGAUUCUUCUACACAAUCAACCGCAAAGAAAACUCCAUUGCCUGAUUCCGAUUCCGAUUCCGACUCAUCCUCCGACUCUAGUUCUGACUCUGAUUCCGAGAGUGAUUCUGGCAAAGUUACAAAGAAAGGAACUGGGGCCAGCUCAGACACAAGCGAAACUCUUUCUGAAGGCAAGGAGUCGUCAAACGAUAAAGCAUUAGACCCACCUUUACCACCAAUGCCUGCUGCGAAGCUUCCUAGAAAGCAAAAUGUACCAUUUUCUCGCAUUCCCAAAGACACUAAAGUCGACCCUAGAUUGACUAGCAACGCAUAUGUACCAUAUGAUUACGCGCAAAAGGCUCAUGAGGAUCUGAUUGUUACAAAAGGCAAGGGUUUCACCAAGGAGAAGAAUAAGAAGAAGCGUGGAAGUUACAAGGGUGGGUACAUCGACGUCGAUGGCAAAAAGGGUAUCAAAUUCGAAGACUAG